CCUCCGUCCAAUCCCCCCCAGCUUUCACUUGACUUCCUUACCUUACUGCCUGAGGCCCGUCUGUCUGUGGUCAUUGCGUCGCUCCCCUCCAAAGCUUCCGACCGACCAUCCCAUUUUGUCCCCAUCUCCCCCCCUUCCUUCCUUCCUUCCAUCCAUCCUCGCAAGGGCAUCCAGCUCUUUCAAUCACCGGCCUCGACUUUCAACACUCAGUCCCCGCCGCUUACAAUUGUACACCACAGCAUACAAGUAAUCCCCGAUCUUCCGGACCGAUACCUCCCAGUUGGACAUCCAGUCCUGCCUCCCCAGACUUUGUCCGCUACAAUCGGAUCAUCAAGGGAGGGCAAUCAUUACGACACCUGUCUUGCUCACGAGCAGCAUUUUAGGUCGUGAGUCGCUCCCGCUCUUUGGCUUUUGACACAUGCAACCAACACCCCCGCCUCACGUCCAGUCAGCAUGUGGUCUGUGCCGCUGGGACAGCCUCUCCGCUCUUUCUCUCACCUGCCCAUCAUUUCGACCAUCAACACCGCCAUCCACAACAUUGCUGUUUCUUCAAAAGCAUCAGUUUUCAUCGCUUGCUAACUGAUAUCUGCCCCCAGGCAAUCAUGUCCGCCGCCACUAUGGCCCCUAACACGGCGGCAGCUCCUCAGGUCACGCCAGCUACUCUUGUCACCCUCAAAGUCAGCUAUCAUGGCUCAACCCGCCGAUUCAAGCUCCCUCUGCGGGAAAUGGUUCCUGCGUUUCUGGAAAACAGGAUCCGAGGAGUUCUGAACAUUCGCCCCGAUGCCGAUGUUGUGUUUGAGAGAUACUCCGACUCUGCCACCUCUUACGUAGUGCUCGACAAGGCCAACACCUCAGUAUACAAGCAGCUCUACCGUGCUGCUAAAGCUAAGCAGAAGCUCAGGCUUCGUGUGACAGUGAAGGAGACGCCAGCACAAGCAUCCCUCGAUUCGCUCAUUCAAGCUGCCGAGCCCGCUGAAACCCCCGUGGAGAAGAUUACCGAAGAGCCUGUCGAAAAGCCAACUCUGCCGAUUCCGAAAGAGUUGAUUGAGGCCAGAAUUGCCGAAGCCAAGGCUGCCGUGGCCGUCAGGGAAGGACCUAAGCCUGCUUCGGUGGCCGAUGAGGUUGAGGAAGAAGCAGUCUCGAGCCCUGCCGAAAAUUCCGAGGAGAUCGAGCAACCUACACCCGUCGAGCCAGUCCAACCUCUGAAGAUCCCAGACGCCGUCCUCGCUGAUUACGAAAUGGCCAUUUUGAAGUUGGAGCAACAGAGUCAGGCACGUUUCGCUGCCGAGAUGAACCUCGUGCCCCCUGCUAUCAGGUCAAACUAUGCUGUCUGCUGUAACAGCUGCGACAAGAAUGUUCCUGACAUGCAUUAUCACUGCUCAAAGUGCGACGGCGGCGAUUUCGAUCUCUGCCCAGGGUGUGUGGAUCAAGGUGUCGCUUGCUAUGGCGCUGACCACUGGUUGAUCAAGCGGUUCAUCAAGAACGGCGUUAUCAUCAGCAGCACCACCGAGACGCUGCCUCCCAAGCAGGUCAAGCAAGCAGCUCCUCCCUCCCCUCCAUUUCCCCCAAGCCCUGCGGCCGAGAAGCCAUCCACCCCCUCAGCUUCAGAGCGCAUCAUUCCCAUUUUCAACGGCCUCGCCUACUCCAGCAUGCGCACUUGCAACUGCUGCGUCCGGGAGCUCCCCGAGGUGGACUUUGUCCACUGCUCGACCUGCGAGGAUUAUGACCUUUGCCGAAGUUGUUUCGCCAAGAACACCCAUGGUCACCACCCCAAGCACACCUUCGUUGCCGCUGUUGAGGGCACACGCUUGGAGCCUGAUGUGGCUCGCCGUCUUGGUGCUGGCCGUGGCCAAAAGCACAAUGCCAUUUGCGACGGUUGCGAUACUAACAUUCGCGGCAUCCGUCACAAGUGCCUGAACUGUCCUGACUGGGAUUAUUGCAGCGAGUGUAUGGCGAACGCCUCUUUUAUUCACCCCGGUCAUCGGUUCGUGCCCAUCUACGAGCCACUCGAGUACGCCGGUAUUUCCGACUUGUUCGCCCGCCCUACUCACCAGGGUAUCUGCUGCGACGGCCCCCUCUGCUCAGUUAACCGCAACAAUUACACCUACAUCACGGGAGACCGUUACAAGUGCGCUGUUUGCAAUGAUACCGACUUUUGCGAGGCUUGCGAAGCCAGCCCUGCCAACACCCACAACAAAACUCAUCCUCUCAUCAAGUUCAAGACGCCCGUUAGACACGUCAGCGUCACCACCACAGGAGAAAAUGAGAACGGCCGUGCCAUCCCUACCAUGGGAGAUCGCCGUCCUCGUGUGACCACUUCUCGAGCCACCGAGACUGUCAACGCACCUGUGCUGUCGUCUUCCAACGUGCAGACUGUCAUUGACGUGAAGCCCGUGGAGCACGAUAUCAACAAGGAGGUGGAGAAGAAGCCUGCUGAGAAGGUCGAGAUCAAGACUGAAACGACCGAGGUGAGGCCUGUGGAGCAGGUUGCUCCUGCCGCUCCAGCUGAGCUCGUCGCCGUGUUCGUCAAGGACACCGUUGCUGAUGGCACCGUCAUGGAGCCCAACCACGUCUUUGAGCAGACCUGGAUUCUUCGCAACGAGGGCAAGACAGCGUGGCCCGCUGGCUGCUCUGUCAUGUUUGUUGGCGGCGACUAUAUGGGUCAUGUUGACUCGACUCACCCGGCAGCUACCCAGGACCUCCGUGCGUCCAACGUCUCGACUGUCUGCUAUUCCCCCAUCCUUCCAGGAGAGGAAUUCCCCUUCACCGUCUUGCUCAGAACUCCUCUGCGCACCGGUAGAAUUGUUUCCAACUGGCGUUUGACCACUCCCGAUGGUCUCAAGUUCGGCCAUCGCCUAUGGUGCGACGUCAAGGUCGAGCACCCCAAGUCGGUCGCUCCUGUUGUUUCCGAGCAAGUGAAGGAGGAGCGCGAGGUCGUCGCCAAGCCCGAGCCUGCGCUUGCACCCAAGGAAGAGGUUCAGCUUCACCAGAGCCAGAUGAUCUUCCCCAAGCUUGAGAAGGAAUCGCCCGUCUCCAGCUUGCACGAGGAUGACAAGUCUGAGUCGGCGGUUACGUACGAGCAGUACGAAGACUGCGAGGAUGAUGACUGGGAUGCUGCCGAGUCGGAGGAGGGAUUCAUGACCGACGAAGAAUACGACAUCCUCGAUGCUUCCGACGAGGAAUACUCCGAGGCUCAUUCUCGCAAAUAAGUAUUCAGCAACAGUAUCUCGAUGGAUCAUGACAUGAACUCCUGUCGCCCGGCUGGACCCGCGAACACCACCCCGUGGUUUCUUAGGUAAACAUGGUGGGAUGUACACGAAAUACUGUAUAUCACGGGACAAUGUGCGAACGCUGGUACACGGUGAGCAGCUAGGCACAUGCCACUAGGCGCUGUAUGGUGGAAUAAGUUGGCCGGUCUAUUUUGGGUUGAUUUUGGUUUGCGGUUGGUUGGAUGGCUAUUCAUUCUUUGCUGAGGAACUCAAAACAACCUUGAUUAGGAUUGCGGCUCGGUCAGGAGCACCAAAACAAACCAGGCGGUCAACUCUUCUGGUUCGCACUGGCAGUUUUGAGGUGAUCUCUUCCACCAUUUUGCAAAGUGCGUGGGGCGAAACAGAAUCUAGGAGCCCAACACGGGCAAAAAGGGGUGAUAUCAUCAUUCAGGGCUUGUCUGCCUUGUUUUUUCCUUGUCUUUUUUCUACUUUUACAUUUACUUUUACCGAAGAUAACGUGGUUAUGGGUUGAAAUUAAGUCUCCUCUUUAUUUUGCUUUGUCAAGUGCAACCUUUCGGGUCAGGCAGCUCAAUUUCAGAUUGUUAUUCUCAGUUUUCACGAUAAGUCACUCCGCGGUUAGGGAAAGGUUAGCGAAUAGGAACAAAUGAACCAAUCAUGACGAAGUCUUCGUCCGCUUCUUGUGUUGACUGUGGUUUUGAACACACACAUGGGUAUACUAUCUAUUAGAUAUGAAAAUCUUCCAAUCCCAACCUGAUUAUUACAUUCCUAGAAGGAAAGGUUGCAUUCUACUCGAAAGUGGUCUUCUUGCCCGCCGGCGCAACAACCGCACCAGUAAGCCUAGCCACGUUGAUAUCCUGGUGGAACUUGGCCCCCUUGGCCUCCAUCCUCCUCUCCUUCAUCGGCACCCACACCUUCUUCUCCUUGACCUCUGCAACACCUUCACCACCAGCACCAUUCUGCUCCCUCCUUUGGGCAGCGCCCUUCCCUCUGAACCUCUUUUGGUAUCUCGUCUGGUCGUCCUCCGCCAGCUCAAUCUUGAGCGUCCUGCCCAACAGCUGAUUAACCCACCAUUUCCUCGUCUUGACUCUGGGUUCCUCUUUUGGCACAGCCUUCUUUUUUGGCUUCUCCUCUUUCUCCUCAUCAUUGCCAUCCUUUUCCUCCGCUUGCUUCUCCGUGCCGUCGUCGGCCUUGUCCUCCUCCUUCUCAUCCACAUCCAUAAAAUCCUCCACCGUGUCGAUCGUCUCCUUGACCUUGACAAACCCCUUUACCGCCCACUGCGCCGCGUCCGCAGUCUCAAAAUUCACCCACCCGUAUCCCUUGCACUUGCCCGUAUCCUCAAACGUAGCCACCUUCACCCAUCUGAUCGGCCCACACUUGUGGAAGUGUUCCCUCAGAUCAUCCUCCGUUACCUGGAAGGAUAGAUUCCCCACAAAGACCUUGGUUGAUGUGCUCGCUGGAGUGGCGGUGGUAGCAGCGGUAGAUGACUUAGCCCCAUUCGUGAGGUCAACAGGCGCGGGCUCUUCCUUCUUUUCUGGACGGCCCUCGAAAGACUUGGCGUCUUUGAUGAGGACUUUGCGGCGGUACCAUUCCGUUUCUGAGAGGGCAAUGGCCGCGACGUUGGCUUCAAAGGUGGCGAAAUCGACGUAGGCAAAGCCGCGGUUUUCGGUGGGGUUUUUCGGACCGGCGCCGGGGGCCGAGGUGGGUUUGGCGGUGGGGAGAUGGACGCGGGUGAUGUCGUCCAAAGUG